GCGAGGCAGCCCAGCGCCCCGGCCCCAACCGCCUGCCCGCCCGCCAUGGGGAACGCGCCCGGCGCCCUGCGCCUCUGCUCACGGGACUCCGGCCCGGACGAGAGCGCCCCAGCUGCCAGCGCCACAGAUGCCUGCCCCAUUGAGCCCCCCAAAUACUCUCGGGUCAAGAACUGGCAGACAGGCUGCGUCACCUACGACACCCUCAGCGCUCAAAGCAAGCAGGUGACCCCCUGCAAUGAGAAGCGCUGCCUCGGCUGCCUCAUGUUCCCCAAGGAGAUGACCUGCGGGGGGGCCACAGAGGGCCCCCGGCCCAAGGAAGAGCUGCUGCCGCUGGCCCGGGACUUCAUCAACCAGUAUUACAGCUCCAUCAGGCGCUUGGACUCCAAGGCCCACGUCCAGCGCCUCCAGGAGGUGGAGCAGGCCAUCUUGGAGACGGGCACCUACCAGCUGCUAGAGGCAGAGCUCGUUUUCGGGGCCAAGCAUGCCUGGCGCAAUGCAGCCCGCUGCGUGGGCCGGAUCCAGUGGAGCAAGCUGCAGGUGUUUGACGCGCGAGAUUGCACAAGCGUCCAGGAGAUGUUCACGUCUUUGUGCACUCACAUCCACUAUGCAACCAACCGCGGCAACCUCCGGUCGGCCAUCACCAUCUUCCCCCAGCGGGCCGCUGGCCGUGGGGACUUCCGGAUCUGGAACAGCCAGCUGAUCCGCUACGCCGGCUACCAGCAGCCAGACGGCACUGUGCUGGGUGACCCGGCCAACGUGGAGAUCACCGAGCUCUGCAUUCAGUAUGGCUGGAGCCCCCCUUACACCCGCUUUGACGUCCUCCCCCUGCUGCUGCAGUUCCCGGAUGAAGACCCCGAGCUUUUCCCUCUGCCUCCGGAACUGGUCCUGGAGGUGCCCAUCAGCCACCCCUCGCUGGACUGGUUCCAGGAGCUGGGCCAGCGCUGGUACGCCCUGCCUGCCGUCUCCAACCUGCUGCUGGAGAUUGGGGGGCUGCAGUUCCCGGCAGCCCCCUUCAGCGGCUGGUACAUGAGCAGCGAGAUCGGCAUGCGGAACCUCUGUGACGCCCACCGCUACAACAUCUUGCCGGAGGUGGCUGAGCGCAUGGGGCUGGACACACGGACUACCUUAUCCCUCUGGAAGGACAAGGCUGCUGUGGAGAUAAAUCUGGCUGUGCUGCACAGUUUCCAGCUGGCCAAGGUGACGAUUGUGGACCACCACGCAGCUACCGAGUCUUUCAUGAAGCACCUGGAGAAUGAGCAGCGGAUGCGGGGGGGCUGCCCGGCUGACUGGGUCUGGCUGGUGCCCCCCAUCUCGGGCAGCCUCACUCCCGUCUUCCACCAAGAGAUGGUGAACUACCACCUCUCCCCUGGCUUCUGGUACCAGCCUGACGCCUGGAAGGUCUACACCCCCAAAGGAACCACCGUCACCCGCAAGAAGACCUUCAAGGAGAUUGCCAAUGCGGUCAAGAUCACUGCAAAGCUGAUGGGGCACGUGAUGGCGCGGCGUGUCAAGGCCACCAUCCUGUAUGCCACGGAGACGGGCAAAUCUCGUGCGUACGCCGAGAGCCUGGAGCAGCUCUUCAAGUUUGCCUUUGAUCCCAAGGUGCUGUGCAUGGAUGAAUACGAUGUGGUUUCCCUGGAGCACGAGACGCUUGUCCUGGUGGUGACCAGCACCUUUGGGAGUGGGGACCCCCCUGAGAACGGAGAGAAUUUUGCCAAGGCCUUGAUGGAGAUGUCCUGUCCUCUCCUGGGCAGCCCGCAGCCCGAGCAGUGCAAGAGCUACAAGAUGCGCUUCAACAGCGUCUCCCACUCAGACCAGCUGGUGACCGCCUGGAGGAGAAAGCGCAAGAAGUCCAGCAACACGGAGAGCGCAGGGGCCCUGGGCACCCUUCGGUUCUCUGUCUUUGGACUGGGCUCCCGGGCCUACCCGCACUUCUGUGCCUUCGCCCACGCAGUGGACACGCGCCUGGAGGAGCUGGGAGGCGAGCGGAUCCUGCCCAUGGGCGAGGGGGAUGAGCUGUGUGCCCAAGAGGAGUCCUUCCGCACCUGGGCCAAAAGCGUCUUCAAGGCUGCAUGCAACACCUUUUGCGUGGGGGACAAUGUGGAGGCAGCCGCCAAGGAGGUCUUCACCACCCGCUGCAGCUGGAAGCACCACCGAUACCGCUUGUCUGUCCACGAAAGCCCCCCGGACCUGCUGGCAGGUCUGUCACACAUCCACAAGCGCAAGGUGGUGCCCUGCCGCGUCCUCUCUGUCCAGAACCUGCAGAGCCCGGAAUCCAGCCGCUGCACCAUCCUUGUCAAGUUGCUCACAGGAGACCAGCCGGAGCUGCAGUACCAGCCGGGCGACCAUGUGGGCAUCUUCCCUGCCAACUGUCCCAUGUUGGUGGAAGGGCUCCUGGAGCGCGUGGAGGACCCGCCCCCUGCCAAUGAGACGGUCGCCGUGGAGACCUUGGAGAGGGAAGCCAAUGGCCCCAGGCACUUGUGGGUCCCCGAGGGCCGCCUGCCCCCCUGCACGCUGCAGCAGGCCCUCACCUUCUUCCUGGACAUCAGCACCCCGCCCAGCCCCCAGCUGCUCCAGCUCCUGGCCACCCUGGCCGAAGACCCCGCCCACCAGAGGCAGCUGCAGCAGCUCAGCCAGGAUUCUCAGCUAUACGAGGAGUGGAAGUGGUUCCAGUGUCCCACGAUGGUGGAGCUCCUGGAGGCCUUCCCCUCAGUCACCCUGCCAGCCUCGCUGCUCCUCACCCAGCUGCCCCUGCUGCAGCCGCGCUACUACUCCAUCAGCUCCUCGCCAGGGGCCCACCCUGGGCAGCUCCACCUCACCGUCGCAGUGCUCAGCUACCGCAGCCAAGACGGGAAGGGCCCCCUGCACCAUGGUGUCUGCUCGACGUGGCUUUCCCAGCUGGCACCGGGGGAGAUGGUGCCCGUUUUUGUCCGAGGGGCCCCCAACUUCCACUUGCCAGAAGACCCCUCAGCCCACUGCAUAUUAGUGGGGCCCGGAACUGGCAUUGCCCCCUUCCGCAGCUUCUGGCACCACCGGCUGCACAUCCUGGAGUCUCAAGGCCUCCUCCUGAGCGAGAUGACCCUGGUCUUUGGCUGCCGCUGCUCCCGCUUCGACCAGCUCUACGAGGAGGAGAUCCAGGAGGCCCAGCGGAGGGGGGCCAUCAGCCAGGUGCUCACAGCCUUCUCCCGGGAUCCAGAACAUCCCAAGACCUACGUGCAGGACUUGCUGAGGAUGCAGCUGGCAGGCCGCGUCUGGGAGGUGCUGUGCCGGCGAGGCGGCCACAUGUACAUUUGUGGUGAUGUCACCAUGGCCACGGGGGUCCUGCAGACGGUCCAGCAGAUCUUGGCCACGGAAGGGAACAUGUCACUGACAGAGGCUGGAGACCUCCUCAGCCAGCUUCGGGACCAGAAUCACUACCACGAGGACCUCUUUGGCCUGACCUUCCGUGCCCAGGAGGUGGCCUCCCGCAUCCGCAGCCAGUCCUUCUCUGUGCACAUGCAGAAGACCGCGCUGGGCACUGAUCCGUGAGCUCCUGUUUCCUACAGCCCACACUGCAGCCUGCCUCUCAAUAAAAUAUUUUGCAUAUCCA